CUUCUUAAGUGUAAAUUGCUCGAUCGCCUUUGCUCGAGAAAAUUUCGUGAGACCUAAAAACCAAAUCUACCAAAAAUGAAAUUCUUUAUUCUGCUGGCCUUGGCCCUUGUGGGCAUUGCUGCUGGAGCCCAGCUGCCCGACUCCGCCACCCAGGGACCCAAUCCCCAGGACAUUGCCACUCCGGAGCCGGAGUACAUUGACAUCGAUGAGCCCGCACCGGCGGCUGCCGCUCCUGCCCCUCGUCCUGUGGCCGCUGCUCCUCGCCCCGUCUUCGCCGCCCCCGCUCCCCUGGCUCGUCCUGUGGCCCGUCCCGUGGCCCAGUCCUUCAUCCAGCAGCCCGUCCAGCAGCAGAUCGUCCAGAGGGCCCAGUACCUGGCUCCGGUGGCUCAGCAGCAGGUGGUGGUGCCGCAGGCGCAGCAGCUGGUGGGACACACCUUCAGCAGCAGGGCCGGCUACCAGUACCGCCGUCCAGUCUAUAACGAUACCAUCAAAGAAACGACCAACAAGAACAAGACAAGAUCAAAAGCAUAAAGAGCGAAGUACAAAGAGACAAAUGAUGUUCUAAAGACAAAGAUCGAAAAUCGAAGUAUUCAGUUAUUGUUGAAUUGCCAAGUAAAGUACGAAUAAAUAAACGUAAAUUAUUUGUAAAAAUGAUAAA